AUGGGCAGAAGCGAGACGUCGGCUACAUGGACACCUACCCAUGGCCCUCCUGGGAUGUUUCAGUACUUCCCAGUAGUUGAGAACCAGCAACCUGGCCUCCCAAGACGACGGAGCAGGUACUUCCGCAGCCAACAAUAUCAACCAACCCUUCCAGCACCAAUAGACAUCGCAAGCUCGACAUUGGUUGGUGAUGCUUUGGAUCCAAUGCAACGAUGGCGAGAAUCACCACCUGAAACAGAGCCAGCAUCUUUGUCCGCUAUUGCCGAUGCCUUGAAACAUACACCCCUACGAUCCCGUUCCUCAGCUGGCAGCUUCGAUAGCCAACGAGUUGGCACCCGCGCAGCUUCAACCAUUAGCUUCGGAAGCGGCACUAGCUGUUCCUCGGCUUCGAAUGCCUCGACUAGCUCAGCAGCCUUUCGAAGUUCAAAUAACAUUUCUCGUGGCCGGGUGGCGAAACGAACUCGAGCAAAUGCAACAAAGAUGAAGGAGAAAGACAAAGAUAAGAGGAUAUUUCCAUGUACAUUCUGUUGUGAUUCGUUCAAGAGCAAAUAUGACUGGUCCAGGCAUGAAAAGUCACUUCAUCUUAAUCUUGAGCGUUGGCGAUGCACUCCAUUUGGCGGCGCGGUUAUUUCCCCCGAAACUGGGAGAGCGCAUUGCGCAUAUUGCAGUAUACUUGAUCCUAACGCCAAACAUCUCGAGUCUCAUAAUCACGGUACCUGCGAGAGUCAGGGACAGACGCCCGCUUUCAGCCGGAAAGAUCACCUUGUUCAGCACCUACGGCUUGCGCACCAUGUUGAAACUCUACCCAUCAUUGACUCCUGGAAAGACGAAGGCCCCCCAGUGUCAUCGAGAUGCGGCUUCUGCAACAUCCGCAUGAAGACCUGGCAAGAACGUGUCGACCAUUUAGCAAAACACUUCCGCAAGGGUGCAACGAUGGACAGCUGGAAAGGAGAACAUUGCUUUGAGUCCUCCGUCCCAGUCAAGGUCACACAUGCAAUGCCCCCAUAUCUCAUUGGGGCAGAGUCCAGAGCUAUAAUUCCGUUCUUGGUCAACAGCCACGGGACCAAGGAUCAUCUCUCCCAGAUCCAGCAUGCAACGGAGCAGAGCCUAGGAAUAUGGGAUGGCGGGCACACGGCCUCGCCCAUUAGUGGCUCCGAGCCUUCAGCCGAGUCGACGACGCAGCCGGCGCCAUUGGAGUCGCUCAGUGAGGAAACUAGUUCCAUGACCUUUCCCGAAGUCCUAGCAUUGCACCUGGGCCGUUAUGCUCAAGAACAGAUGAGACUCGGCAUUAUUCCCACGGAUAGGAUGUUUCAAGACGAGGCCAGACGGAUUAUGUUUGACUCAGUUGAUCCAUGGGACCAGACUAUUGCCGACAAUGAUGACUGGCUCUCGAUGUUUCGCGACCGUCAUCUCAAAAAUACACCGAUGAGAAAGCAAGAUUCAUCUUAG